CGUCUGCCGCGGACGGUCGUUAACUCGAGCAACGAUUGAAGUUACAGACAGUGGAAUGGACGCUUUUGAAAACGUUUUGUGAGGAUAUACCGAAGGUGCUAUCCGUAAAGUGACAAGGGGGACCUUAUUUGCGAACCUGAAUGUGUUGAUGUAUCUAGUUUUUUCGCCAAGCCAGUGUCUUUUGUGACAGCUUCCAAGACCGUUCAAGGUGUUCGCUAUAGUCUACUAUGAAAAUCAAGAUUCUAUGCCUUCAAUUCGUGCUCAUUUCAGUUACAGAGGACGUAAUUGCCUUCCAGCCGGGCAGAACUCAAACUGCGCAGAACGAUUAUGCGAAGACUUCUGAAGAUACAAUAAGAAUUCUAGGCCAGUGAUCUUUGAGAAUUUACCUUUGAAUGUUUCGUUUGGUUUUGAGCUGAUUAAGAUAUUCGAAGUGAACGCAAAACAGCAAAGAAUGAGUGUGGUAUCACUGGUCCGACUGGAGUGGGAGGAUAACACGCUUCGUUGGAAUCCAUCGGAAUAUUCUGGAUUUUCUUCAAUCAAUAUUUCACCGGAUGAAAUUUGGGUUCCUGAUAUUGGCUUAUACAAUGAAAUUGAGAACAAGGAUCACAAAAAGACGGGUAUCACAACCCUUGUCGUCGUGAACUCAAAUGGGACAUGCCGCUGGCGAUAUCCACUGUUUCUUCACGUCAUGUGUUCCAUAGAUGUCUCCUACUUUCCCCUAGACCUCCAGAAAUGUUCGCUGCGCUUCGGCUCUUUCUCGUAUCCAUCCAGUGAAAUGUACAUCGCCCAUCUUAAACUGGGAAAUUCCGUACCACCUUAUAAGAACAAGGAAUGGAUAUUGUUCGAGGCAGACACGAGACACACACGAUUCUGGGACGUCAAGAGAAUGAGCAAUUACUCAGUUGUCGAGGUUUCCUUCAGCAUGGAACGUGAUUCGGUCUACUUUUUUAUCGAAAUGCUUGUGCCCUGUUUCCUGAUAUCAUGCCUCACAAUUUUGGGAUUCUCCCCCCCUGAAUCUGGUGAACGAAUGAGCUUGGGGAUGCUUAUUCUGCUUGCCAUGACCUUCUUCCAACAACUCACGAUGAAGAUGGUUCCUUUGCAAGAUUUCCCGCUCAUCUCGCAGUAUUUUCUUGUAACAACGAUCGAAAUCGGAGUGGCUUUGCUCAUCACCACGUUAACACUCAAUUUCUACUAUCAUUCUCACUCGCCAAUGCCCGGCUUCAUGAAAACUAUGAUACUAAACUACCUUGGAAAGAUAACUCGUAUAAAACCACCUUCGGAAGACGGCAUAAAUACGAAGAAAUUAAAGCGUUCGUUUAGGCUAUCGGAAAGAAAAUUUCAGCUCUCUUUGAGCUCAAGAGAAACCAAUUUCGAUUUGCAGUCUGAUAUCGAGUUAACUGAGACAGGGUCUUCGCGAACUGAUGUUCUGCAAGGCGAUUUGAAUAGCUCCACUGUGGGUCUUGUAAGUUUUAAAUCUAUGGACGAAAGAAGUUCAAUUUCAAGUUCCUGUGACAGGACGGCUAGGGAUAACAAGGACGCAAUGGAUAACAUAGAACACGUUGAGAAUAAUGAAGGUCCCAAUGAAUGGAACAAAGAUUGGGUACUAGCUUCCAGGAUUAUUGAUCGUUUUUCUAUGUAUGCGGCCGUAGUGAUCGGAAUACUUACUGUGCUUAUUGUCUUUGUCAGAGCACCGAGAUUUUGGUCUAGCAGGACAAAUAUUGGCGAUUAGUGCAGCACUGCUAGUCUGACUGAGUGUUGACUGUUGCUACUAAUACUAACUUGACUAGUCUAGUACUUACUGCU